CUGGCCACUGGAUUGGUGCUCGCCGUCGCUCGAUAGUCAUGCUGUCUGGCCGCUCUCACCGCGCUCGGCUGCUGCUGUUGUCGUGGUGGUGUGGAUGGAUGGUUGAGAGGAACGCGGCGAGUGAGCCUCUGCCAGUGGUCUGCCAAGGGUCGCUCCUGCUUGAAAACGGCGUCAUGGACCAAUGCCUCAUGUCCAGACGGCCACCACCGUGGAUCGAACAGGGCAGCUGGAAGUACAAAAAGUCCUGCAUAUCGACACCAACACUUUCAGAGGUCGUCGAGCAUGGCAAAAGUAUCUCGACGCAGCGGACUGUCUUCUUGUCUCCAGAAUCGAAGCAAAAGAAAACAAAAAAAGGUUGUUGUUUAGAGUCCGAGGGACUUUCGUUGUGGCACCUAUGGAAACCAACUGUUAGCCAUCGAGCCAUACCUGAUUUCCCACCAUAAGUCGCGGCGCACGAUCAUAUGGUGGUAAUUUCAUUGGAUGGCACCAUAUUCGAUCCAAUAUAUAUGUCAAAUACACAGCGGAGACACCUGAGCAGACUUCGCUUUCUACUCUGGUCAUGUAGCCAGCAGCAUUCGCCGCAUUAGGGGCUACUGUAAUAGCAUACGCGGAUCAAGGACGACCAUCAGAACUGCCCACAGAGGAGUUAUGAAGGUCAAGCCAAGGCUCGUCGCACCAACCCUCUCACAACCACAAGAGCUCGCCUAGACUUUCAGACCACAGCCACCGAUGAUCGUGUGUGUCCAGACCAGCAAUAAAGAACAGCAAGCGCGUGCUCUUUCAGCAUCUCUGCCAUUAAGUCUGCCGACAAAAGCAGUCCAUACCAUGGUCUUCCAAGGGACAUCAACCCCAUCCAUACCACCCUCCAUCCACCCCGCUCGCAUUUCCUCCCAGCCGUCACGACUCCCGGAACAUCGUCCUCGCCCACGAAAUUCGCAGCCGCCGCCCCUGAUGGCAAUAUCGAACGGUGUCUGCCUUCUUCUCAGCCUCUACUGUCUUGGCCAGCGCACCACGAUGUGACCGGUCCCUUCGACGGGCUUCUGGAGGAAGCCUAGGUAUCUAACUGUUCCCUGUUACGAUCUAUCGGCAAGACUACUCGAAGUUGGUCAUGCGGCGCGCGCGCGCGGAGCUGCGUUUAUACACACAAGAGAAGAUUCGACUGAGGACGACUGGACGCUGGAUACAUAUCUAGACUAGGUAUGCUGGGAGAAAUAGGGACGAGAGGAGAAGCAGAGGUAGAAGCAGACCUAGAGGUAGAAAGCAACGAUCCGUAUGGACCUAUAUCUUGAUCUCUAGAGUUUAUACAGCAAUUUGUUCAUCAUCCAUAUCCAUCUACCUGAAUGUCUGAACAUCUUUCUAGAACCACGAAAAUUAAAUCUAGG